AAAUGUACGAGCCUAGCGAUCAUAGCGAGGACGAGAAGUAUCAGGAGCAAUAUGGAAGGAAGCCUAUCAACCAUGAUGACUCAAUAGUUGAUCCAGAGAAGGAAGGUCAUUCCUUUAACAAGAUUCAUGAGAUGGAAACUCCUAUUGAAGACAGUUUUAAAUACACUGGUAGUGAAACAGCGACUCAAUCAGAUCCUGUUGAUAAGAAAUAAGGUCUUCAAUAUUGAGGAAGCCAAGUAUCCUCUUGAGUAUAAGAAAUAUCUCAAAGUGAUGCAGACAGAUGUGGACAAGCUUAUUAGACAAAAGCGAAACUGUUUCGGAAAUUUCGGAAUCUCCCUCUUCUGGGAAGAGAAACUUCUGAUGACUAUAAGAUACCUCCAGCUUUGGAGUUUCACGUAUAUAGCAUUCUUUGAGUAUUGGCCUUUUGACUUUCAAGAGAUGCUUGGCAAUUAUGUGAUAGGAGUAGGGUUCAAUUUCAUCUAUCUCAAUGACGGUUACUAUGACUUUAUUGAAAAAUUCUCACUCUACCUUUACAACAUCAUCGGAUGGGCUGCUGUGGUGGGUCUCAUUGCUCUCUUCGGAUUAUCCGUUUCAAGAAUAAAAAUACUAAGGCACGAAUUCAAGCAUUCGAAGACAUUGUUGAAGAAAUGGAGCUUUAAUAUCCUUGAGCUGCUUUAUAUCCCAAUCUUUGUGAACCUUGUACCAAUGCUAAGUUGUAGAUACGAUACCAUCAAGAAUGGGUUGAGUCUUCAUGAAUGAGAAGAUGCAGGAGCCAAAUUCUGGUUCCCAUUAGGUGCUGUUGCUCUGGUGAUUCUCGGAAUUUUAUACAAUGUUUUCCUCUUCUUUAUGAUCAGAAAAAGAAAGAUCUCAUACAGAGAGAAAGACCAUGAUGGAUUUAUUAAGAGGAAGGAAUUAGAGUACGUGCUUGAAAUCUCAGAUUCAUGGAGAAAACAAAGUUUCUUCAUGUUUUCAUCGUUUAAGGGUUCAAAGAUGAGAAUCUAUUUCAAACCGUUCUUUAAUAUGUUCAUUCUUGCUAUGAUAGUUGUUCAUGCUUUCUUCGAGCGUUCAAUGAAGACGAAAUCAACGAUAAUCGCUGUAGGGUUCACCUUCCUCACACUUUUCAUGUUUGCUUGCCGUCCUUUCCGUUGUACUAGCAGCAAUUUCCUGUUUUUCUUCCAGCUCUGUCAUAUCUGUGGGCCAUUGUACAUGGUGCAGCAAGAAAUAAGUGGGUUAAAGAAUGGUUUAUUGGUAAACAAGUAUUUCACAAUCUCUCUCUACAUAAUAAUGAGUAUCUUCAUAUCCUGCCAGCUGCUAGUCCUCCUCUUGUGCCUGAUCUUUAAGGCUAAGUGGCCUUUGAAUGAGAAUGUUAUCAAGAAUGUAGUAGCUAGGCAUGGAAGAAUCCUUGAAAUGAUGCAGCAGGCUUAUACAAUCAUCACUAAGCUGAGACUAAAGAAAGUUGAAUGCAAGAGAGAAGAUCUUGAAGAGAUCGUACAAGAGCUCACUGAUGAAUACAAUAUUGCAUUUGAAGAAGAGCAUCCCUUCCAGUUCUCAGUACUAGAGCUCAUUGAUGAGCUGAAAGAUACCAGUGUGGUCAUUGAUGAUAGGAAGAGAAAGCAGGAGUACCACUUUUUGGCCGACUUUUUGGAAAUUAUUGAUGAAAAGAAGAGUUAUUUGUAA